UGAAUGCUCCACCAGCCACAGUGAGCACAGCUGGAUCUGCCGACUGCACGCACAGGAGUCUGAGAGGCUGCUCCGGCCUUGAAAAUGAUCCUUCUUAAAAAGACUUGCCUCCUUCCUCAAAGGAAAGAAAACCUAUUGAUAUAAAAGCUCACUUCCCUUCCGGCUUCCCCUGCUAAAUGCUGCUCCAGUAGAGACCAAGUGUUGAUGAAUACAGGGGAAAGAAAAAAAUCGUAAGCUGAGCCUGGUCACAUUGCCCCUUGUGAUAUAGUUUUAUUUUUAACUUCGAAACACUUGAACUAUUUCUGUUGAAGUUUUCUCUCCCUUCCCUGCCUCCUCAACAGAACUCUGUCCUCUGCUGCAGCUGAUGCACCCCGGCCACUUCCUGCGAUCUGCUUGUUCACAAUCAAGGGACACAGGUGCAGCGGAUGCUGACUCCGCCCGUGCCAUUAAGAUUUACAAAGCAAGAAGAAAUUAGGAAGCUAUGGGUAGGGCACGCAAGCCUCUAAGUGGGCAGCACAGGCAUUGUGAGAAAUGCUUCGACCGUCACUGCCACAUUCCUGUGGAGCCUGAUGUCUCCUGUCUGGUGAUAAACUGCCACCUGUCCUGUGGUGCUACCUUCCACAUGUGCAAAGAGGCAGAGCAUGAGCUCCUCUGCCCUCUGGAGCAGGUUCCAUGCCUCAACUCUGAAUAUGGCUGCCCCCUUUCCAUGUCCCGCCACAAGCUGGCCAAGCACUUGCAAGUGUGCCCUGCCAGUGUGGUCUGCUGCUCCAUGGAGUGGAAUCGCUGGCCAAACGUGGACUCUGAAACUACCCUUCAUGAGAACAUCAUGAAAGAGACCCCCAGUGAGGAGUGUUUGGACACAGCCCUGGCCCUCCAGGACCAGAAGGUCCUUUUCAGAUCUUUAAAAAUGGUAGAACUUUUCCCAGAAACUAGAGAGCCCACUCGGGAGAAAACGACCAUGAAUGGUGAAGCCACUUGGGAGGAAAUGGGAGGAGCAGUGGGUGGAGUGGAUGCCAGUUUGGUACCACAUGGGUCUCUGUCAGCAGCUAAUGGAGAAAUGGUAGAGCUGAGUCAAGAAGAACGAGAGGCAUUAGCCAAAACCAAAGAAGGGAUGGACCUGGCCAAGUAUGACAAGUGGGAAAAUAUAUUCAGCAAAGAGCAUGCAGCCUCUGCUUUAACAAGUACAUCAGUGAACUGUGACAACAAUAGCAGGAACCACCCUGGAAAAGAACAGGUUUCCAGUGACAAUAACAUGGUAAGGGAGGAUGAUCUCCAAGAGAAAGAGAAAGAACCACAGGAAAAACAGAAGCAGCAGGACUUUAAUGCAGUCGUGGAAAAGACAGGGCUUGCCCCUUGGCAGGACGGUGUUCUGGAAAGACUGAAAACAGCUGUGGAUGCAAAGGACUAUAAUAUGUAUCUGGUGCACAAUGGGAGGAUGCUUAUUCACUUUGGUCAGAUGGCUGCUUGUACACCUAGGGAGAGAGACUUUGUUUAUGGCAAACUUGAGGCUCAGGAAGUAAAGACUGUUUACACCUUCAAAGUUCCUGUGAGCUACUGUGGGAAGCGGGCUCGCAUUGGAGAUGCCAUGUUGAGUUGUAAGCCAAGUGAACACAAGGCAGUAGAUACUUCAGAUUUAGGGAUCACUGUGGAGGACCUGCCCAAAUCAGAUCUCAUCAAAACCACCCUCCUGUGUGCUUUAGAAAGAGAACUUAAAGGUCAUGUCAUCUCCGAAUCUAGGAGCAUUGAUGGGCUGUUUAUGGAUUUUGCUACACAGACAUACAAUUUUGAGCCAGAACAGUUUUCUUCUGGGACAGUGCUGGCUGACCUCCUAACCACUGACAACCCAGGGGGGCUCCAUGUGGAACUCCACAGUGAGUGUGUGACCCGGAGACAUAACAAAAGCAGCUCUGCCUUCACUUUCACUUGCAACAAAUUCUUCAGGAGGGAUGAAUUUCCCUUACAUUUCAAGAAUGUCCACACAGACAUUCAAUCAUGUCUCAAUGGCUGGUUCCAGCAUCGAUGCCCUCUCGCCUACUUGGGAUGUACUUUUAUUCAAAACCAUUUCCGUCCCCCAGGACAAAAGGCAAAAGUGAUUUAUAGUCAGGAGCUCAAGACCUUUGCCAUCAAGCCAGAGGUUGCUUCAGAGCUGGGUGAGAGAAAGAAGAACAACCAUCUCUCAGGCCGUGGAGCAAAAAGCCAGAAUUCUCUAACCAGCCUGCCCCUGGAGGUUUUGCAGUACAUUGCUGGGUUCUUGGACAGCAUCAGCCUGUCCCAGCUUUCCCAGGUGUCUGUGCUGAUGAGAAAUAUCUGUGCUACUUUGUUACAAGAGAGAGGGAUGGUCCUCCUACAGUGGAAGAAGAAGAGGUAUUCUCAUGGAGGCACUUCCUGGAGAGUCCACAGAGAGAUCUGGCAAUUCAGCAGCCUUUUCUCCAAAGUCAAGAGCUGGGAGUUUAAUGAAGUUGCUUCCAUGUCUGAACACCUGAAGGCCUGUCCUUUCAACAUUGUAGAGCAUAAGACUGACCCAGUUCUUCUGACCAGCAUGUGUCAGCUCCAGGAGCAGCCCCGAGAAACCUUAGUCACCACCUUUAGAACCAGACCACGAGGAAGACACACUUGCUAAAGAUUCAGAUGCCACCAUUCGUGGAUUUGCCCUCCGAGUUACUGAAAGUAGGACAGAGUGUGGUUUUGAGGACUUUCUUCU